AUGAAUAAACUCAUCUCCAAAAGAUGUAUCAACUAUAGAUUUGGUCAUUUGAUAAGGCACUCUUCAAGUUUGGCUGAACAAGAAAAGGCAGAGUUUGCAAAUAGACGAAACAAGAUUCUUCAAGAUCCUGAUCAAUACUAUAAAACAUUGACUGAAUUGAGAAAUUCGAAUGUUGAAAUGUUAAGAAUCCCACAAUUUCGUGAGAAAUUUGCAAAUUAUCAAUGGCCUGAAAAUCAUAGAAUUGAUGAAUUGUAUUCAGUAGAGGGUAAAAUCCAUAGUAUAAGAAAAUCGGGGAAAGGUAUGGUGUUUGUUGAUGUGGUUCAAGAUUUUACAAAAGUUCAAUUAGUAUUGAUGAAUAAAUUGAUUGGGAUUACCAAAGAUGAGAUGGGUCAACAUCAUGAUUUUUUCAAACAAGGAGACUAUAUAAUUGCUAAUGGUUAUCCUGGUAUUACAAAUGUUGGUGAAUUAUCCAUAAAAUGUACAGAAGUUUUAAAAUUAGCAUCACCAUCAUUAUACCCAAUUCCAACAAAAUUUACACAUUCUGACAAGAGAAACCAUAAUAGAGUUGUGGAUUUUCUAGCUAAUAAGAAUGCUCAAGACUCUAUAAUAAUACGUUCCAAGGUGAUCAACACCCUAAGAAGUUUCCUUACAGAUCGUGGGUUUUUAGAAGUGAACACACCAAUAAUUGCAACUUCAUCAAAAGGUGCUAAUGCAACUCCAUUUAUCACUCAUUCAAAGCAUAUGAGAGAUUCAAAUGAAAACCCAAUAGAUUUACAAUUGAGAGUUGCCCCAGAAUUGUGGUUGAAAAAAAUGAUUAUUGGUGGGUUUGAUAAAGUGUUUGAAAUUGGUCCAGUUUUCAGAAAUGAAGGUAUUGAUAGCACACAUAAUUGUGAGUUUACUACAUGUGAAUUUUAUCAAAGUUUUACUACAUUGGAAGAAUUGAUGGAAUUGACUGAAUUGUUUUUCCAAAAUGUGAGCUCAACGUUGAAGCAAUUUCCUCAAGCUUUACAAAUCUCAGAAUCUUUAUUUGAUGAACCUUUCCAAAAAUUAGAAUUCAUCCCAACAAUUGAGCAACAAACUGGUGUUGAAUUACCUUUAGAAUUAACACCAACUUCAUUAGCCACUUAUUUCCAAACUAUUAAACUUGAACCACCAACAAUCAAAUCCACACCACAUUAUCUAGAUAAAUUAUCAUCAUCAUUCAUAGAGCCAUUAUGCAACAAACCAACAUUCAUUUAUCAUCAACCAUCAAUAAUGUCACCAUUGGCCAAAUCUACAACACUGACAUAUGGUGACAGAACAUAUUCAAUCUCUCGUCGGUUUGAAUUAUUCAUUAAAGGUAAAGAAUAUGUAAACGCAUAUGAAGAGGAAAAUUCACCAUUUGAACAAGAGUUGAAAUUCAAACAGCAACAACGUUUCAAAAAUGAUUUCAAUGAUGAAGAAUCCAUGGUUCCUGAUGAUGCCUACAUUAAAGCUAUGGAAUGGGGGAUGCCACCAACUGGUGGUUGGGGGAUCGGUAUCGAUAGAUUGUGUAUGUUGUUCAGUGGGAAUGAGCGUAUUGAGGAAGUCUUAACAUUUGGUACUUUGACAGAUGUCGUGAAGCAGUAA